AUGCAGCACAUCUUUGCCUUUAUCUGCACCAGCUUUCUAGGGGCAGUGCUUGGGGUCAAUUUCCCCAAUUUUCCAAACAUUAUCCAGAUCGGGGGCUUAUUCCCAAACCAGCAAUCACAGGAACAUGCCGCCUUUCGUUUUGCGCUAUCUCAGUUGGUGGAACCCCCCAAGUUGUUGCCACAAAUUGAUAUUGUGAACAUCAGUGACAGUUUUGAAAUGACCUACACCUUUUGUUCACAGUUUGCCAAGGGAGUGUACGCCAUAUUUGGAUUCUAUGAUCGGAAGACAGUCAACAUGCUGACAUCAUUCUGCGGUGCUCUCCACGUUUGUUUUAUCACCCCCAGCUUCCCCGUAGCCACAUCAAAUCAGUUUGUUCUACAGCUCAGACCGGAACUACAGGACGCUCUUAUUAGUGUUAUCGAAUUUUACAAGUGGAAAAAGUUUGUGUACAUCUAUGAUGCAGACCGAGGACUAUCUGUCCUCCAAAAAGUACUGGAUACAGCAGCAGAGAAAAACUGGCAAGUGACAGCAGUGAACAUACUCACUACCACCGAGGAAGGCUACCGCCUGCUCUUUCAGGAUCUGGACAAAAGCAAAGAUCGUCAGGUUGUAAUAGAUUGUGAGUCGGAACGACUGAAUGCCAUCCUCACCCAGAUCAUCAAGCUAGAAAAAAACAUUGUCGGAUAUCAUUAUAUUCUUGCAAACCUGGGAUUCAUGGACAUUGAAUUACAGAAAUUUAAAGAAGCGGGAGCCAACGUAACAGGUUUUCAACUGGUCAACUACACGGAUGCCAGGGUGUCUCAGAUCUUACAGCAGUGGAAAAACUAUGAUGGCCGAGAACAACCUCGUGUGGACUGGAAGAAACCAAAGUACACCUCUGCACUGACAUAUGAUGGCGUUCAUGUGAUGUAUGAAGCCUUCCAGAAUCUCAGGAAACAAAGAAUAGACAUUUCACGACGGGGUAAUGCGGGAGACUGCUUGGCCAACCCUGCCGUUCCAUGGGGCCAAGGUAUAGACAUACAGAGAGCUUUACAACAGGUUCGACUGGAGGGGCUAUCUGGAAAUGUUCAGUUUAACGAAAAAGGAAGACGGACAAACUACACACUGCAUGUACUGGAGUUAAAACAUAAAGGCAUCCGACAGAUUGCUACGUGGAAUGAAGAUGAUAAACUAAUCCCUCUGGCUACCGAUGCUCAAGCUGGAAAUGAAUCUAUAGGAGUGCAGAACAGGACGUAUAUUGUCACCACCAUAUUGGAAGCACCAUAUGUGAUGUACAAAAAGAACGCUGAUGAAUUCGAAGGCAAUGAUAAGUUUGAGGGUUACUGCGUGGAACUAGCCCAAGAAGUUGCCAAGCAUGUGGGAUUCAAGUACAAACUAGAGAUCGUAAGGGAUGGAAAGUAUGGCGCACGUGAUUCAGACAUGAAAGCAUGGAACGGGAUGGUGGGGGAGCUGGUAUAUGGGAGAGCUGACCUUGCUGUGGCACCUUUGACAAUUACCCUGGUUCGUGAAGAAGUUAUUGACUUUUCAAAGCCCUUCAUGAGUUUGGGCAUCUCUAUUAUGAUCAAGAAACCUCAAAAAUCAAAACCUGGUGUUUUCUCCUUCCUGGAUCCCCUGGCAUAUGAAAUUUGGAUGUGCAUAGUCUUUGCCUACAUUGGAGUUAGCGUGGUUCUCUUUUUGGUCAGUCGAUUUAGCCCAUAUGAAUGGCACAAUGAAGAGUUCGAGGAAGGAAGAGACCAACCCUCGACGGAUCACUCAAAUGAAUUUGGAAUAUUUAAUAGCCUCUGGUUUUCCUUGGGAGCAUUCAUGCAACAAGGGUGCGAUAUUUCUCCCAGGUCUCUCUCAGGACGCAUAGUUGGCGGUGUCUGGUGGUUCUUCACUCUCAUCAUCAUAUCAUCUUACACAGCAAACCUAGCGGCCUUCUUGACAGUUGAGAGAAUGGUGUCGCCUAUCGAGAGUGCUGACGACUUAGCUAAACAAACAGAAAUAACAUAUGGAACACUAGAUUCUGGGUCCACUAAAGAAUUUUUUAAGAGAUCUAAAAUUGCAGUCUUUGAGAAGAUGUGGACGUAUAUGCGUUCAGCUGAACCCUCUGUGUUUGUUAAGACAACUGAGGAUGGAAUGAACAGAGUUAGAAAGUCCAAGGGCAAAUAUGCCUAUCUCUUGGAGUCCACCAUGAAUGAGUAUAUAGAGCAGAGAAAGCCAUGUGACACCAUGAAGGUGGGAGGUAACUUGGAUUCCAAGGGCUAUGGCAUUGCCACCCCAAAGGGGUCAGCUCUGAGAGGUGCUGUAAACCUAGCGGUAUUGAAACUCAGUGAGCAAGGCGUCUUAGACAAGCUGAAAAGCAAAUGGUGGUACGAUAAAGGGGAAUGUGGAAGCAAAGACUCCGGAAGUAAGGAUAAAACAAGUGCACUAAGCCUCAGCAAUGUCGCUGGAGUCUUCUAUAUCCUGAUCGGUGGCCUGGGACUGGCUAUGUUGGUUGCCCUAAUCGAGUUCUGUUACAAGUCAAGAAGUGAAUCCAAAAAGAUGAAGGGUUUCUGUUUAAUUCCACAGCAAACAGUAACAGAGACGGUCCGAAUGGCAACCUUACCAAGACCUUCAACAGCAGGAGGUAGUGGAGAAAAUGGAAGAGUGGUCAGUCAUGACUUCCCAAAAUCCAUGCAGACGAUUCCAUGUAUGAGCCACAGCGCAGGUAUGGCCCUAGGAGCAACUGGAUUAUAAUACCAGCAGACUUCACACUGCCUAGUGAAGCAGUGAUGAACUUCCCCCCCUUCCAGUGCCAAAAACACAAAGGAAACAUUUUAUGGACUUUUCGCAGUCACUCAAAGAUCUAUUUUUUGUUAUUUUGUUUUCUUUGUUC